AUUGCUGCUAAAAUUGGAGAUAUUCCUCACUUGAAUAAUUCUACAACACUUGUGGACCCAUCAGUCUAUGGUUAUGGAGUGCAGAAACGGCCCCUGGAUGAUGGAGGUCUCCGUGUAAGUGGGCUCCAUGGAGCACAGAUACGAGACACAGAGAGAAUAGGUAACCAGUUAGGGGCCCUGGUACAUCAAAGGGCUGUAAUAACAGAAGAAUUCAAAGUGCCUGAUAAAAUGGUUGGAUUUAUAAUUGGCAGGGGAGGUGAACAGAUCUCACGGAUUCAGGCAGAGUCUGGCUGCAAGAUUCAAAUUGCUUCAGACAGUGGUGGGAUGCCUGAGAGGCCCUGUAUACUCACUGGGACACCAGAGAGCAUUGAACAAGCAAAACGGCUACUGGGGCAGAUUGUAGAUCGCUGUCGGAACGGACCUGGUUUUCACAACGAUGUUGAUGGCAACAGUACGAUUCAGGAGAUUUUGAUCCCGGCAUCCAAAGUGGGUCUAGUCAUCGGCAAAGGAGGUGAAACAAUAAAACAGUUGCAGGAACGAACAGGUGUGAAAAUGAUUAUGAUCCAAGAUGGCCCGUUGCCUACUGGAGCAGAUAAACCUCUCCGUAUUACUGGAGAUGCAUUUAAAGUACAGCAAGCGAGGGAAAUGGUACUGGAGAUCAUCCGAGAGAAAGAUCAGGCAGACUUCCGAGGCGUACGCAAUGAUUUCAGUUCUAGAAUGGGAGGAGGCAGCAUAGAGGUCUCUGUGCCCAGGUUUGCUGUUGGAAUUGUGAUAGGAAGAAAUGGAGAAAUGAUCAAAAAGAUUCAGAAUGAUGCUGGAGUUAGGAUUCAAUUUAAACCAGAUGAUGGGAUUAGUUCUGAAAGAGUCGCACAGGUCAUGGGGCUUCCCGAGAGGUGUCAACACGCAGCACACAUCAUCAGUGAGCUCAUUCUCACAGCACAGGAACGAGAUGGUUUUGGAAGCUUGGCUGUUGCCCGAGGAAGAGGUCGUGGCCGUGGGGACUGGAGUGUUGGAACGCCUGGGGGCAUGCAGGAAAUAACCUACACGGUGCCAGCCGAUAAGUGUGGUCUCGUUAUAGGCAAAGGUGGUGAGAACAUCAAGAGCAUAAAUCAGCAGUCAGGAGCCCAUGUUGAGCUCCAGAGAAACCCACCUCCGAACACAGACCCUGGUGUACGAAUAUUUACAAUCAGAGGAGUUCCCCAGCAAAUUGAACUCGCUAGACAUCUCAUAGAUGAGAAAGUUGGUGGUACCAGCAUGGGUGGACCCGGAGGAUUUGGUCAAAGUCCGUUCAGCCAAGCACCCGCUACACCUCAUCAAAAUGGUCCUCAGGCGUUCAUGACGCAGGGUUGGGGCAGUACCUACCAGACGUGGCAGCAGCCUGGACAGCAAGUCCCAAGUCAUGCUGCCAGUGCUGCUUCUCAGGCAAGUUCCCAGCCGGACUACACAAUGGCUUGGGCAGAGUAUUACAGACAGCAGGCUGCCUACUACGGGCAGACACUAGGGCAGGCUCAGGCCCACAGCCAGGAGCAGUAGAACAAGGUCCUCGUGGCAAUUUUUUUUUUUUUUUCCUUGGAAUCAUUGUGGAAGAAAACCUUUUUGUAACAGAGGUUUCUAGAUUUGCAACAUUUUGAUGAAGACUUUUCUGUUUGUUUGUGAAACACUAGUUGUAGGAUAAUCUAUACUGAACUUUUCUAAGAAUCAGGAACAAUUAGUAAUGUACUAAACUUAUGGACGUGCUGGUAAUUUUGUUUCCAAAUUUGUAAAAAA